AUUCAAUCCUGACGUUAUACAAGCGGAAACACGCGGGGGAAUAGAGUAAAGAGUUGAUAACAUAAGUCCCCAUCGGCUCUUAUGACUAAUUGUCACCUUGAAUGCUCAAGACAGUUUAAACCCGACGGCUCCGUCUACUAAAAACCGGCAUGAAAAAAGCCUGGGGAAAGAAUCGCAACCUUUAAGUUCAGCGACAUAACUUUCAUAGGUAGAGGAGGAAAUAUCCACAGUCAACAUCCUUCCUUUUAGCCAACCAAGAUUCCAGCCAAGAUUUCAACCAACCAAGAUGCUCUCCGCGCCAGUAAAUCUCCCAAAAUGGCUUGAGGAGAACGCCCAUCUCCUAAAGCCACCCGUUAACAACUACUGUGUCUACAACGAAGAUUUCACAGUUAUGAUUGUUGGUGGUCCCAACGCUCGGACUGACUAUCACAUCAAUCAGACCCCAGAGUGGUUCUACCAGUACAAGGGGGCUAUGCUGUUGAAGGUCGUCGACGAUGGUAAAUUCAGAGAUAUUAUAAUCCGCGAGGGAGAUAUGUUCCUCUUGCCAGGUAAUACACCUCAUAACCCGGUGCGGUUUGCCGAUACCGUUGGCGUGGUACUCGAGCAGAAGAGGCCUCAGGAUACCAUCGACCGUAUGCGUUGGUACUGCCAGAAGUGCGGCGAAAUCGUCCACGAGGCUGCUUUCCACUGCACGGACCUUGGAACUCAGAUCAAGGCCGCCAUUGAAAAGUUCAUGUCGAGCGAGGAGACUCGGAAAUGUGGAAAAUGCGGCGAGAUAGCCAAUUCCGUACCCAAGCCUGGGACCAUCAUCGACCCAAAUUUGGCGUAAGGAUUAGUGUUAUGUAUUUGGUCUCUAUACAUUAGGUACGGCAAUACAUAUAUUUGAACCUGCGGAUACCCCUCCUUUAACAAAGUUCUAUCUCGUGCCGGACCAACGUGUUCACGGACUUUUGGUGGUGUUUAAUUCAGAAGAGUCAUAA